AUGUAUCAUUCGGAUGAUGGAAGGGAAAAGCCAUCGAGUGCAAACGCCCCAUCGCUUUUCACUACAACGGAAUCCUCUACUAUGUUCGACGCACGGUCCUCUGAGGAGGAAUCGACCAGGCUCAAACCACAGUACGCGUUGAAGAGGAGAAAGAUUAUACCUACCAAAGCAAGUCAACCGGAGAAUGAUAUGCAGGUGGCUGAAGAGCCCAAGCCCGUCAUGGUGAAGACGAAAGAAUUGCGCAUCAGGGACGAGAGAGUCAAAGAGAAGCUGUACCCCAAGCCCGUGAAUACCAACGUGGUGAGAGAACAUUCGAAAUCAGCCAAUAUUGUUCGGAGGUUGAAGCGACCAGUCAAAGGUCCCGCCAGUGGCAUAUCAGAAUCUCAUGGCAAGCUUGUCCCUUCAAAAGCACCUUGCUCACACCAACCCCAAGUCUCUGGCGUUUCGCCCCCCGAAGAAUCAGAUUCCUCCACCAGAUCACAAUCAUCGCGGACGGACAUUUCGAGGAGAAAGAGGCGUGGCCCGGAUGGUAGUCUCAUGGUCUCACCCACUCCAAGUGAUCUUCAUCCAACCACUCUGCGUCUGACGCCUGAGUCAAGCUCGCAAAAGUUGCAGGGUUCGUCCGAGGACGAGCACAUGGAAGAUGUGCCCAGCAGGCCUACUUGGACAGGGCGAACUCGGUUGGUCGACCGACUCGACGCUCCACGCGCCCAACGCAUCGACACCUCUUCAUGUCCUUCAUCACAUGAGCAACAUUUUAAUGAACCCAAUGGCGAUGCUGUUUCACUUGCAGAGGUUCCGGCAAGGCGUCUGACGAAACAUGAUUCUGACCUGGAAAAGAAGCCGUCCAAUGGACCCGUUGCUGCUCCAUCAGGACGUCAAAGAGUCACCUACGCUAAGCAAAGGUCUUAUUUGAGCGAGAUGGCCGACAGUUCGGAGGGCUACUCGGCGUCAAAUAGCCAUCCAUCCUCGCAAGAGAUAUUGUCGAAGGCUUUGAACUUCACCAGCGGCGUGUCGCACAUGGAACUAGACAACGAUGACAGUGAUGAGGCUGACUCUUUCAGCCGGAUCAAAAGCAUCCACGAAUUAAGACGCGGAGGUGCAAUCAGAAAAUUCGACUUGGAAUUGGACACCAUCCUGGAAGACGUCGAAUCAGGUUCCAAACCACGACGCGUUCCAGGGCUCCUGCAGCUUGUUACCAAGUUGGACGAACUGUCCUUUCAGCGCCAUUUCCAAGACUCUGGUGGUCUCCAGCGCAUCAUGGACUGUGCCAACGCAUCCUUGGACCAAGUCAGCGCGACGUUGAUGGCGCUCGUUCUUCAUUGCAUAGGUGUGGCCGAAAGCUCAUCACCCAGGACUGUGCUGCAGAUAUUGAAUGCCCUUUACCAGUUACCUCCACGUCUCGUUUCGGAACCCCGGUCAUUGACCAAACUUGCAAAGGACCGAAGUCAGAACCUUUCCAAGGCUCUGGUCAAAGAUGUUAGCGAGUUUGAGGAGAAGAGGUCGAAGCUUUUGGACCAAACCUGUGUGGCUGUUAACAGAACCAUACUUAGUUCUAUCGAAUCUACGCUGCGAAAUCUCAUCGCCCUCAAGGAACCAUUUCCAAAGUUGCCACGAGAACUCCUUGACGAGAUUCUCACGAACUUCGCGAAGACACAGGACAUGAUUACAGGCGGUGGGAUGGCUGAACAUUUAGAGACCAUUCGACUUUUGCUGUCGAUACUGGAGAUUGCCUGUGCAAACCGUGAGGUGACGGGGUCUACGCUAUCGACUGCCCGUAUUGUGGACUUGGGCGAGAGCAUGGCGGUUGUCAUGAAGGAGGCUCAUGAGACCCAACCGCAGAUCGAGCACUCAUGCCUUCGACUCAUUGUGAGCCUCAGCAACAACGAUGCGACAGCUUGUGACGCCUUAGUCGACGGACGCGUCGUUUACACCGUUUUUCAGGUUAUCGAGGACCAAUUUCUGGAAUUAACAAAGCGUGUAACGAACCAGCAAGAGGUUGACCAUGCGCGGCUUGAAUCUGUGAUCUUAGCUGUGGGAUGUCUUCUCAAUCUUGCUGAAUGCUCGGACGCAGCCCGAGUGCGGAUGUUGAGGUUGACGGCGGAUGGGAAGAACAUGGUAGACCGGCUGGUGGACAUAUUCAACAGCCAUGUUGACCAGACAUCUAAGGCCAUGACCAUUGAUCAGACUCAAAUCCUGGUGGCCUUUGGCUAUAUCUCCGCCUUGCUUUGCACACUGUGCCUGAACCCGAUGGCCUGCGAGUGGAUAUCACGAUCUAUUAAAGGAAAAGGGCUCUCGCCGCUGCUAGUAGCUGCCGAUACGUUCCUCCACCAUCUCCGGACCGUGGAGAUGGCGCUCGGAGAGGAAGGCAGCUCGUCCUCGGGGUUCACAGGGCGGUUCACAGCGGUGCUCGAGACCGUGAAGCAGCAUGACGGGGCACUUCUCCCGUCUCGCGAGAAAGACUUCCGAUGA